AUGUAUGGUACAGUGUCUGGUAGUAAGAACGAUUCAGGUAAAUGCAAUUCGUUGUUAGAACAACAAUUAGGCGGGACGAAACGAAAAAAAAUUACAAGAGAACGCAACAUAGAAAUGAAAAAAGAAAAACUAAUAGAUGCUGCAAAUAAUUUAUUAACCGACAGGGCGGAAACUAAUGCAUUCGGAGUAUAUGUAGGCAAGAAAAUUGAUGAAAUACCCCUUGGUCAACAGCGAGAUCUCGCUGAAAAACUUAUUUCAGACAUUUUGUUUCUUGCCAAGACUAACAAUUUAACUUUUAACACAAGAAUAGAAAACCCAUCAAGAACUAAUCACUAUUCUUCACAAAACUCCUCUGAAUCGUACUUCUUACAAUCUAAUCCUUUUUCUGCGUCCCAUACACAACAUCAAUCACCUGCUUCAUCUCAUUCUUACCUCAAGUCUCAACUAGUGAAUACAUCAACUCUAAAUUAUCUUAUUCCCACGCAAUCACCCACUCCUCCUUUCUUCCAAUCACCUGCAUACUCAACCGCGAAAUUCAUCAACCCCAAAAUGUCCUACUCCCAUGCAAUCACCCACUUCCUCUUAUCCACAACAUCAGCCACCUGCUUCACCGCAUUCUUACCUAAUUUCUGA